ACAUCUGCGAAUUUUGAAAAUGUUUCAAGGCUGAUGACUGAAAUGCAACCGUUACAUGACAUACUAAUAAACAACAGGAAAUCAGUACCUGCUAUCUUCAAAAUUUUACCUCAUUUCAAGUCGUACAACGGAGCAAUGAUUCGCAAGGCUUCCGAGAGAAUGAAUGCAAACUACAACAGAGAUUCAGAUUUGAAAAAAGUGUUCAUGUUUGGAUUAAUUCUCGAGAAAGGAACAUUUAAAUAUGUUAAAAAUGAUCACGUUCGUGGAUGUCUUCGCAUUAUGGCGCAGCUAUCAAGGAAGGGCAUCAAAAAACCACAGUUCGAGACGCCAAUGACGGUUGAGGAAGAACUAGCAGCACCACUGAUAAGAUCGAUUGAGGAAUCACCUUCGUCUCUAGCAGUCCAACUGGCAAAAUAUGCAGCAAUCGCAGUAGAAAGAGGUGCACCGGUUCCACCGCAUAUUAUUAAUCAAGGCAACGUGUUUGUGAUGUUCGUCGAGGGACAAGUCAUUUCUCUGGGGACCUGUUCAGUACAGGCCAUUGAUACAUUUGUGAAAUUUUUUGAUGUAUUCAAGUACAAAGUCCCGGUGACUUUGACAAAGUUCGUUGAACUGGUCGAAAUAGUGUAAAGUGACCAGAUAAAUUAUGGGUGAGCGCGGGACAAAAAAGGUCAUAGUUGAAUAUGUUUUAG